AUGAAAAGAAAAAAGAAAAAAAGAAAACGAAACCAAAGAAAUGGUAAAUCAGUUUGGUUUGAUUCAGGUGCUGGCUAUCCAAUAGCUGGGGAAGUUGUUGAUUUGACACGAACUCGUAUAUCAAUUAAAUCACUUCUUAAUGGAAAAAUAUUUGCUUUUGCAAAUGAUGAUACAAAUCGAGUUGUUUCACGUAUACCAUUACCACCUGAAGGUGUUAAUGAUAUGAUAACAAUGAGUGAUUUAAGUGAAGCUUCUAUUCUUUGGAAUAUCAAAGUUCGAUAUGAUUAUCGACAAUUUUAUACAUAUAUUGGUAGUAUACUUGUUGCUGUCAAUCCAUAUUAUAUGUAUCAUGAUAUGUAUUCAACAGAUUAUGUACGAAAAUAUGAAAAUACUUUAGUUCUUCAUACAUUACCUGCACAUAUUUUUGCUACGGCAUCAAUAGUACACAGUAAAAUGCUUUCAGAUAAAAUGAAUCAAUGUGUUGUAAUAAGUGGUGAAAGUGGUGGUGGAAAAACUCAAAGUACAAAAUUAAUUAUGAAUUAUUUAGCAGCAGUUAAUCCAGGCAAAUAUAAAGUAAUUACUGAACAAAUUCUUGAAGCAUCACCAUUACUUGAAUCAUUUGGAAAUGCUAAAACAGUUCGUAAUGAUAAUUCAUCACGAUUUGGAAAAUAUAUUGAAAUUUAUUAUUCUCAAAAAUCUAUAGUUGGAGCUAAAUUAUCGGAUUUUCUUUUGGAAAAAAGUCGUAUUGUAACGCAUUCAAAUGAUGAAAGAAAUUAUCAUGUUUUCUACGAAUUACUCGAAGGAUUUGAUACUGAAGAAAAACGUAAAUAUGGUUUAACAACACCAGAAAAAUAUUUUUAUCUUAAUCAAGGUGCUUCAAUGGCUAUAUCAAGUAAAUCAGAUGCACAUGAUUUUCAAUCAUUAUUAACUGCUAUGAAAAUUCUUAAUUUUACAAAAAAUGAACAAGAAACAAUAUUUAAAAUUCUUGCUGCUAUUUUACAUCUUGGAAAUAUUUAUUUUUCACGUACAGUUGAUGAUCCUGGUCAUGAUUUAAUACAAAUAAGUUCGAAAACUGAAAUUGAAUGGUGUUCACAUUUACUUGCACUUAAUGAUCAAGGUCUUUUACAAAAAUUAACACAUAAAGUUACAGAAGCUCGUGAUGAACGUCUUUUAUCGCCAUUUAAUCUUGAACAAGCACUUGAUUCACGAGAUGCUAUUGCUAAAGCUCUUUAUUCAACAUUAUUUAGUUGGCUUGUAGCACGUAUCAAUCAAAUAGUUCGUGUAAAUAAUAAUGUUGAUAAUAGUAUUGCAAUUUUGGAUAUAUUUGGAUUUGAAAAUUUUUCAACAAAUAGUUUUGAACAAUUGUGUAUUAACUAUGCUAAUGAAGCAUUACAAUUUCAUUUUAAUAGACAUGUAUUUAAACUAGAACAGGAAGAAUAUGCAAAAGAAAAACUUGCAUGGAAGAAAAUUGACUUUGCUGAUAAUACUGAUUGUCUUGAUUUAAUUGGUAAAAAGCCAAAUGGAAUUUUACAAAUUCUUGAUGAUGAAAGUAAUUUUCCAAAGGCAACUGAUCAAUCAUUUCUACAUAAAUGUCAUCGUGUUCAUGAAUCAAAUCGUUUAUAUGGUAAACCACGUUUAUUAAAAACAACUUUUAGUAUCCGACAUUAUGCAGGUGACGUUGAAUAUGAUGUACAUGGAUUUCUUGAUAAAAAUCGUGAUUUAUUACGCAGUGAUGUUAUUGAUUUAUUUUCAUCAAGUCGCAAUGAAAUCUUAGCUAAUAUGUUUCGUGAUAUACGUGAAGUCUAUGAAUCUCAUCGUGGUUUUCAUUUUAAAACAGGUCGUUUUAUAACAAUGAAAGCUAAAACACCAACUGUAUCAGCAAAAUUUUCUGAUAGUUUAUCAAAUUUAAUUGAUACAAUGACACGUUGUCAACCAACAUUUAUUCGUUGUAUUAAACCAAAUAAUGAUAAAACACCUAAUAAAUUAGAAUUAUCUGUUGUACUUGAACAAUUACGUAAUACAGGAAUGCUUGAAACUGUACGAAUAAGAAAAUUAGGUUUCCCACGUCGUUAUUCAUUUGAACAAUUUGCUAAACGAUAUCGUUGUUUAAUGCCACAAUCAAAUGAUAAUACCGAUCCAAAAGAAAUAACAAUACAUAUUUUAAAUAAUUUUCCACCAAAAUUUACUUCAAAAUAUCAAAUAGGAAUUGCAAAAGUUUUUAUGCGUGAAUCACUUGAAUAUCAUCUUGAAAAAGAACGUUCAUUAAUAUUAAAUGAAGCAGCAUCAACAAUUCAACGUACAAUAAAAGGUUAUAUUCAACGAAAAAAUUUCGAAAAACAACGUCAUGCAAUUCUUAUUCUUCAAAGACAAUAUCGUCAUUGGAUUGAUAAUAAAAAGUAA